ACAAAGAGCUCUCUAAUGCCAACCGGGCUGCCUGUCUCUUUAAGUAUUUAAAGGGUGUUAGAAGCGAGGGGAGUUGCUGUAAAACAAGCUGGGGAAAGAGAGAGAGAGAGAAAUUAAAAAGCAAGAGAAGAACUGGAGCUCCCUGAGUAGGUCUGAUAGGCUCCCCAGCUGAGAGUAAGUGGGUUACGUAGGCAAUAAGCUGCUCAACUUCAGCACCUACGAAAAGAUCUGUUCUGGAGGCAGCAGGGAUAAAAAGCAAGUUCUCGUAAGUGGAGAAGGAAACGGAUCUUCCCAGGGUGUAUCUACCUCCUGUUGGCUGGGGAACUCUUAAUCAGAUUGGCAUCCACGAUGGACUGCUGUAAUGAAGGGGCUUGCACCAAGCUGGAUGAAGACAUCAUGGAUAUUCCCUUGGAUGACCCCAGUGCCAAUGCGGCUGCCGCCAAGAUCCAGGCCAGUUUCCGUGGCCAUAUGACUAGGAAGAAGAUCAAAGGGGGAGAGCGCAAAAGCAAGGACCCCGAGUGCACGAGCAGCACUCGUGCGGGGGACCUACGCAAUGGAGAUUAAGUGUGGCUAAGAAGAAAUGGAAUGGCACAGAAGCAUCCAAGCUGGUUUCCCAUUGGUUCUCUCAACAGCACCCUUUCACUUCCAGAAGAACAAUCACCACCCCAUUGAGUCUGAUCACAGAAGAGAUGCAAUGCUCUCCUGGACCGCCUUCCUUUUUAGAGCCGCUAUCCCUAUUCUUUCUGUUAAAAAAAAAUCAUAUUGGCACUCCUUGCUUCUUCUUGCAGUGCAGACCCCUGCAUUUAUCCUUUGCACGCUGCCUCUAAGCCCUCCCUCUGUACAUAUCAGUAGUUCUUCAAUUUCCCCCACCCAAAUUAUAUACACGUAUAUCACACCCACACCUGUGUGAUAUAGAACGGAGCUUUCUUUUGCAGCGCUCAUAACCUGUAAGCUUGCCUCUCCACCUCUCAGUUUUUGGGGGGCCUUCAGGCUUUCGCUACUCAGUACUGCAUUCUAAGCAGUGUGAGCAAAAAGGCUGUUACUUGUAUAGCUUGGCCUUUAAGCCUUUUCCAUCACUGGCCAGAGUCUGGAGACAAGGCAGUGGAGCUGCAAGUGGUAUGAUAGAACGGCUUGCUCUACAGCACACAAGCAUGUAUUUGGUUCCAAUGUAACAGCUGGCUCGAUGGGGCAUAAUAUUGGCUGCUGUUUUUAAUUAGAUCCUUACUGCAAAACAACACCAUACACACAUAAAAUAAAACCACAUUAACAUCGCCUAUAGCUGUGAUUGUGAACGCAAUGAUUUUCUUAGAUCUCCAUUCGCCCACCUUUCAUCUUACUAAUUAAACAACAUUUUUAAAAUAAUGGAGUAGGAAAUGCAUGUUGAUGAUGUUACGGGUGCCAUGUCGAGAUGGUUUAACCUGUCAGUUUUGGUUCCUCUCAGUUUUCUCGUUUAUCCAGUCCACCACAUUUCUGUAUCAGUUUUGCAAUUCCUUUAAAAAAAGAUUCUCCUGAAAAUUCAUCAGAAUUUUAGCCUAAUGUACAAAUUUUUAUAUGCAUUUUUGCCUAACAGACAAGUGUUUGCAGUCAGUUCCCCCUCAUAUAAUGCACGUAUGGUGCUAUUUUCACUAAUAUAUGCCUUUAUCUGCCUAGUUUCCCCAAUAUAUAUAUUUUUGUAUACUUCAUUUGUUUGGAGAACUACGUCACAAAAUUCAGAGAAGGGCAUGCUUCAAAGAAUAGCUGUGCUUCGGUUCAUAUAUUCUCCCUCGUCCCUAACACCAACUCGAAUGUGCCCAUCACAGCUCUGUGUCCCCACCCCCACCCCCUGUCCCAACACACAGAAAAAUUGCAGCAUCGUUCCUUGCCUGCUGAACUUGUGCCAGGCAGAAAUCUGUACAUAAUGUUAUUUGUGCAAGGAAGGUCCAUUCAAACGAUCUCCCCACGACUGAGGCUGCAAUCCUGUGCUCACAUACCAGAGAGUAAGUACCAUUGAACUUUAAUGGGGCUUGCUUCUGAGUACCGCAACUAUGCAUAGGAUUGCAACAUCAAAAUCCUGCAAAGCUGUUUCUGAAACCUUUCUCUCCUACUACCUUUCACACUUUAAAUUUAAAAUAUCUCCAGCUAGAAAGGAAACACCCUUUUCCUUGGUCAGCCCAGAGAGAUGUUCCCAUAAAGCCUUUUCUUGCAUGUUGCAUGCCGAUUUAUUCUUUUGCAUCUGACAGUUUUAGAAAUUCUUUUUGAGGCGUUACGCAACCAAGCUCCAUUUUUAAUCAGUCUAGCCUUUGUUGAACGUUCCUGUUCAGUUGUGGUUUGAAGGUUGAAAUCUUAAUUCUGUUGGUGUCCUCAAUUCUUGUCAUGGUGUGGUUGAGCCCUUUUUAAGUGAACUUACACAGUAGCUGUAGGACAGCCAUUGGUUCCCUUUGAUUCUUUGGGCCAGUAGAUCAUGGUGAGUGCUAAGUUGCUCCCAGUUAUUAGCCUUCAGGUUCUUCAUUUGCACAGACCCAAUCUGAUAGUCAGUGCGUAUCAUCCCCCCCCACCACCACCACCAUGCAAGCUGGUCGUUGUGGCUGCCCUAACCUCCUAGCCCCAAGUUCUGUAGGGCUGGCCCUACCAUUGUACAGAGGGAGGCAGUGACUUUAGGGGUCAGGUGCUGGGGUGCAGCAAUGGCAGCCCCUGGGCUGUUGCUCCUGAGCUCCUCUUCCCAGCCACCACCCUCUGUUGGAAGCCAGGACUGCAAACACUGCCUCAAGUGUGAUGGAGAAUGUUGUCCCAUCACCAUUGCUGAGGUAAGAUUCAUGUACCAGUCCAGUUGGUUUGGGGAAGUAGGGCACCAUUCUUGUUUUCAGGCUGCAAAAUAUACAGUGGUACCUUGGUUCCUGAACAGCUUAGUUGUCGAACAAAUCGGCUCCCGAACGCCGCGAACCAGGAAGUGUUCUUAUUUGCGAAUGUUUUUUGGAAGCCGAACGUCUGACGCAGCUUCCGCUUGAGUACAGGAAACUCCUGCAGCCAAUCGGAAGCCGCACCUUGGUUUUAGAACAGUUUCAGAAUCCCGGAAUGGAUUAACUUUGAGAACCAAGGUACCACUGUAAUGGUCCAGCCCUAGAGUUUGGGGAUCAACUGUGUGGUCCAGUUAAAUCAUUUUGCCUUCCACAUUUGCUAUGAACCCACCCUUGCAAUUAAGCACUAGCCCAGAAGCCAUCUGCAACCAUGAAAAUCUUGCAGCUCGUAGAGGAGGAAAGGAGCUUUCCAUCCCUCCUUUGCACCCAGGGUAGGAAGGCAGGGCAGAGGAAAGGAAGAGCACACCACAAGGCAGGCAUUGGUGGGCACCUGCAUGAGCCCACUGCUGUUUUCUGGUAUGUCUCCCUCCUCUCCUGGAACUGUCUGUUCAUCUGCUCUUUUUGAGCCUGCAAGCCAGAGCAAGGAGACAAGAACUGUCUCCACCCCUCUCCCCAUGCUCAGCUUCAGGACAUUGUGCCGAUUAGGCCCAGAGGGAGGGAGCAAGUGAGAGAAGAGGAAGCCACUCAGUGUACCUUGUCAUAAGAACAUAAGGCGGCCUUGCUGGAUCAGGCCAAGGGACCGUCUUACAGUGCCCCCACCCCCCGAUGCCUAUGGGUAGCCCAAAAGCAGGACCUGAAUGCAAUAAUACACCAGUUCUGUCCCUCCAAUGCUAGCCCACAGCAGGCUAGUAAAUAUUUUUGCAGGCAACCACUUUUUUUUUUUGGCAAGGCUGCAUUAAUCCGAUCCCCCUUCCCCCAAUUGGCUCCCACGACUCAUCAAUUCCCUCAUUCUUGUUUUCUUACUUGUACUCAAACCUCUAGCUUUAUGCGCUCUAUAGAGCACCAAGAACGGUCCAAGUUCUCUAAAAGGCUGGCAGGUUAGGAAGAAGAUGUGAUCCUGGCUUUUUAUGCUUUCUUCUUCUUCCCUCGCUUCUUACAGGGCUCAGAGCAGGCAGGAGAAAGGCUGAUGGGGUGGGGAAGAAGGCCAUGGGAUAAGCAGAAGUGCAAACUCAAGCAGUGACUGUAUUCUCUGCUUUGAAUUUGCUGGGCUUUUAGGAAGAUUCUCUAGGUAGCAAGAAGGACUGGAGAGAUGAUACACCAUCCAACCAUUCCAAGAAAUGUUCAAAAGGCCUUGACAGCAUGCAGGAAUUUCCUUUCUGCUUAUUCAGCUACAUUUUACACCAUCCUACACUGUUCUUCCAUCUGCCUUGUGAACACCCCACAGUCCCUCGGCCUCUCUGCACCAUGCCCCACUUUGUAAGUCCCCCCCCCUCUGCAUCCAUACAGUUUAGGCAGGAGCUGGUGCAGCUUUCUUUCUAAAUAUCUUUUAAACAUUUUGCAUGUGAUUGCUUCUACCAAGAUGGAAUGUUAAUAAAGGAAUGUUGAUA